AUGAGGUUCUGGAUGAGGAACAUGCUCCGGGAUCAAAGGUUUGACUGGAGAGUCAGGAAAAUGAAAGUUGUCCUGAAAAUCACAAAUGUUUUCACCAAACCGAUCGUUGAGAAUCCAGAGGAAGGUGAAGAAUCUCCUGAAGAACCAUCCGUCGAUGUCAUACAACUAGACUCCCUAUCUGAAGCACUGAUCUCACCGAUUGCUAAGGGGCAAGAACUGGACAAUUGGGCAACAGAAGACAUUCCUGUGCUCAAUCUCGAGAAGAAUAACACUGCUCGAUGGGAUCAAGUUUGUCAAGAGGCUUUUGAAAAGAUUAAGCAAUACCUGUCAAAUCUGCCAAUAUUAAUUCCUCCAGUGGCGGGAAGGCUGUUGAUUCUGUACAUGGCAGUUCAGCUGAAUUCAAUGGGUUGUGUUCUGGGGCAGCAUGAUGACACAGGGCGAAAGGAAAGAACCAUUUACUAUUUGAGUAAGAAAUUCAACGAUUGUGAGUUGAGGUACUCAUCCCUGGAGAAAACUUGCUGCGCAUUGGCCUGGAUGGCAAAUCGACUCAAACACUACAUGUUGAAUCAUAAAACGUGGCUCAUCUCCCGAAUGAAUCCCAUCAAGUAUGUAUUUGAAAGGCCGUUCAUGCUAGGAAGGACAGCGAAAUGGCAGGUCAUACUCUCUCAAUAUGACAUCGUCUAUAUAACCAGGAAUGCAGUAAAAGGAAGCGUGAUUGCUGAUCUCCUGGCAGAAAACCCAAUCCAAGAUUAUGAAGCCUUGGAUUUUGAAUUCCCCGAUGAGCAUGUCAAUGAGGUUAGCAGCGAGGACAAAGAAUCGACUGAUGUAUGGGAAAUGUAUUUCGACGGAGCAGUCAAUUUGUCUAGUAAUGGGAUUAGAGCUGUAUUGAAUAUGAAGCCUGUGUGA